GUACUCGUUGACAAACUCAGAGAAGACGAGGAGGGAGGGAGGGAGGGAAGGAAGGAGCACACGUAGUUAGAUUUGGACUGGCUAAAGCCGAGACAGUUGUACAAAUAAAAAAGACCAAACAAAGGACCUUUGUGUAUCUGCAGGAUGACGAGAUCGUGGGUGCUUUUGUUUGUUCUCAUGUUCAUCGUCUUGACUUCUCAGUUAGAGUGGAAGGAGCAACUUGAGAGUGAAAUCGAGGCUAGUCGUCGUCCCUUGAUUCAAUCAGAUAAAGAGCAACAGCAUAUUGUACCACACGGCAAAGAGUCUGUGCAAGAAAAGGAAAUUCUCUCACAAGAAAAUAAGAUUCAGAGGCUUAAUGAGCAGGUCCAGGAUCUAAGGAGGCAGUUGGUGCAAUGCAGGAAUGAAAAUCAGGUUGAGUUAGUAACUGAGCUUGAUCAGCUUCCACUAAGUGGUGUCUAGUCCCUUUUCUUACAGAUUGAAGCUUUCUCUCACACACUUAACAAGCUUCAAUUGUUAAUCAAGAUUCUUUAAUCAACCUAAUACAGUAAAAAACCUUGUUUACUGCACUUGAAAGUUCUGUGUACUUUGAAGAAGAAAUCAAAGAAGAGUGGUCCUUAUAGUGGUACUAGAUCAAGAAUGCUAUUGGAAUCUUGAGGGGUGUAAUUCUACUCUCUCGUUAAUCAAGAUUCUUUAGCUUGAUAUUUUUUUCCAUUCUAGCUUUGAAAGCAUUUAAUUUAUGGUGGUUCAUGCACACAAA